GUGACUCCCUUUCUGCUUGAAGUCGCUAAGAUGGACGCCAGUCGCGUGCAGCCGAUAAAGCUCGCAAGAGUGACUAAGGUCCUCGGAAGAACCGGCUCCCAGGGUCAGUGCACCCAGGUGCGAGUUGAGUUCAUGGAUGACAGCAACCGCUCUAUCAUCCGUAACGUGAAGGGUCCGGUGAGAGAAGGCGACGUGCUGACCCUGCUGGAGUCCGAGCGAGAGGCCAGAAGGCUCCGCUAGCAGCUUAGCAGCUUCUGCUGUACUCAUCAUUCUGAAAGGUGGAUGAGAGCAUCACCCAUGGAGAAGAUCUUGAAAGUUGUGAAGUGUUUGACAUGUCUACUUUGACAAUAAAAGUUUGAGAAUACUC